AUGAAAAAAAUAACUUAAUCAUUAUUUUGGUUUUACUUUUGUUUAGAUUUAGUAGAAUCAAUUUAAUCUUAUGCAGAUGUGAAUCCUCUAAAUUUUAUAAAUGAAUAAUUCAAGCCAAGUACUUAAGAUGAAACAAAUUAAUCAAUAAAAGGAGCAAAUCAAUAUAUUACUAAAUAUACUUUAAAUGCAUUUACAUUGACAGAAUUGAUAAUAGAUUUGAGACAUUUAGAUAAGUAUUAUGAUGAUGAAGGAAUCUCUUAAUUUAAUUAUACUUAAGAUGAUUGGAAUAUAAAUAUAAAUUUAGAUGAUAAAACAAUAGGAUUGCCUGAAAUAUUUGAAUAAAGUGAUGUAGAAAAAGUAAGUGAUUUUAAAUUUAUAAUCUUUGCAUAUAAAACAAUAACAUUUUAGAUUCUAUUUCAGAUCAAUUCUUAAGAAUUUUAUGCUUAAAAAUAUCAAUUUAUGAACACUACCAAAAUUUAAAAUAUGGAACCAUAAACAGCUUUAGUAAAUACAAAUAGUAUUUUUGUAUUUAGAUUAUCAAAAACAGAUUAAAUAGCCUUACCUGCAAACAUUUUACCAUUAAAUUCAUUUGAUUACUAAGAUCAUAUUAUAUCCUAUUCAUCUAAUAAUUUUUUUAAAUAGAAUUCCUAUACAACCUAUUCACCAUAAUCAAAAUAUUGGGGAGAUAGAAAUAAUUUAGUCAUUCCUUAUAUACCCUUCUUUUCAAAUUGUUAAGGAUUUGGUUAAUAUAUUUAUUUUUACUAAUUGAUCUAACAUCUAAAUUGUACACUUUAUAAUGAGAAUGAAACAGAAGCAAUCAAUCCAUUUUAAUUUAGUAUGAGUCCUAGAAGUGAUGAAUGUAAUGAUUUAACAUUAUAUUGCAUAAUGGAUGAAAAAUAUAAUAUUAAUCCAAGAUUACCUAGAUGGUUUGAAUUAAAUGGAUAAGAAACAUUAUUUUUUAUAUAAGCAGAUCCAUUGGAUCCAAUAGAUUUCAACUCAAAUUAUGAAGUAUCUUCUAGUAAAGUUGUUGAAGUUCAAACAGUUAAUUCUAUUCCAAGUGGAAUGAUGCCAUUAGAAGUGAAUUUGGAUAUACAUUAUUAUUAAGUUACUAAAACUCAAAAGAGGAUAAUUACAGGAUCAGUAACAUUCACAAAUUUUUAUAAAUUGAGUGAAGAUUAAAAGGCUGGAAAGGCAGAAAUAACAUAUAAUCUAAUAUUCAAUUUUAUAUCUAUGACUUAAGGAUAAUUAGUUAAUAAUUUUGCACUUGAAUGGCCAGUUUAUUUCAUUUUGUACAUGAUAAUAGGAGCUAUAUUAACAAUGGAAGUAGCGAUUUUUCUAUUUUAUCAUUAUAUUACAAAUAGAAAGAGACCUAGACCUAAAAUUAAUCUAUUAAUUUAUAUUAGAAUAUUUUGGAUAAGUAGUUUAUAUGGUAUAUGUUUGGCAUUUGUUCCUGCUUUAACAGUUUAUAUUUUGAUAUCAAUAAUAAUGGCAGGAAAGAUAUGGAAUACUGAUUUAAGUUUAAGUUGUAAUAUGACACCAUAUUCUGAAUCUGAUGAUGGAUGUGCAGUAGUUUUUUUUGAUUUAUUCAAAAAUCAAUAGAAAUAUACAAGUGAUUAAUUUGGAUUACUUAGAAAUGCUAGAAGUGGAAUUGCAAUGAUAACAGUUGGAUUAUAUAUUGUUUAUUUCAUUAGUGGUAUUUAUAUUCCAGAAAUUGAUCCUGAAGAAGAUUAUAAUGGAAAUGUUAAGAAUGUAAGAUUAUGGAAACGUAGUCGUAUUUUAUAUUGUCUUGCCUUUAUUACAACCAUUAUACUAAUAAUGACUUAAUUUUCUUAUUCUGAUCUCUUUGCCAAAAAUGCCUAUAUGUUUCUAAUAUUUCUAAAAAUUAUAUAAAUGAUUUUAGAAUAUAUUUUAGAAGUUUAUUUUGACAACAAUUUAAUUUCAAGUCCCAUUGGUGUUAUUUUUAGUACUUAUAUUAAUGUGGCUACAAUGGGUAAUCCAACAUUUUAUGAUUUCUUGUUAUCAACUAUUGUAGAUAAAGGUAUAGAAAUGGUUGAAAGAGCUUAUGUAAUUAAGAUUUAGGAUAUUGUAACUGAAGAAUUAGAGUAAUAAUUUGAUAAAGUGUAUAAAAUGUUGAAAAGAUUAUUAGAUGAAGAAGAAGAAGAUUUUGAAUUGGAAGAUGAAAAAUUAGUGGAAAUGUAAAAAGUACUUAAAACUAAUGAAGAUGAUUCUGAUUCAGAUAUUGUAUUUUCAGAUGAUGGAAAAGAAAAUCUAGCUUCAGAUGAUGAAUCAUUUGUUAGUAAUAAGAUUUCAUCAAAUAAUCAUGAGAAUUCAUUUACUAAAGAUGAUUAUGAUGAAUUUGAAAAUAAAUUUAGAACUUUUUUACUUGAUUAACAUCAUAAAACAUUCUAAUAAUAUAAUGAAGAUUAAGGUACUCAUUAAGAAUUAGCAGUUGAUAAUGAAGAUCAAACAGAUUUAAUAGAUUAUUUCUCUAAUUUUGCUAAUGAUAUUAUUACUUUAGUAUUCAAUCCAUUUAUAACUACAAUUAUGUGGUUUUUUUAUGAUGAAUCUAAUUUAUUAGCUGAUUAUUAAAUUAAUAAGAGUGAAUUCAUAUAUUAUUUUUUAUGGACAAUUAUUUUAAUUCCAUUUCAAAUGAUGAUUGAUACUUUUGGUUACAAUCUAGUUGAAUAAUAUCAUGAAUUAGAUUUUCUAACUUAUAUAACUAACACAAGAGAAAGAUUCAGAAAUAGAAAUCUAUUUUGGAAAGCUAAUGAAUUUUAAAAUGAUUUAAAUUGUGAAACUUGUUUUCGUUCUCUUGAUUGUAAUAAUAUAAUCAUUUAUAAUAGAAUGGUGUUAUUCAUCUUAAUUUUAUUUUAUAACCACUUUAUAAGUUUGUGCUAUCUAAAUGAUCAUAUUUGGUUCUCACAUCAUCUAUGUCAAUUAAUAUAAUAUAUUUAAUGAUGAAGGUAUAUAUUAUUUAAUUAACAAAUAGCUCUCAUUUUUAUUAUAUUCUUUUGGGUUGUUGUAGCAUUCUUUUUACAUCAUCUAUUUAUUGAAAUAGGCAAAAGAUUAAAAAUCUGGGAUAUUUCCAGUAGAGUUUCACCUCAAGAUGAAUAAGUAAUGUCUUCAAUUGGUGAUAUUGAUAAAUUAUCAACUAGUCAAAUUCCUUCAGGACCUAAACUUCUUAUACCAAAUUGGAAUCAAGCUAUAGAGUUUAGAGAAUAAACUGAACGAUUAUCAGAAAUCAAUAAUAAUUUCUAAGAUUUUACAAAUGAUCAUUUCAAAAAGUUAUUUAUAACUUCUAAUAAAUAAUGGUUAGCAGAUAAUAUUUAAAUAAUGUAUCAAAUAUAUAUAUAUAUUUAUAGAUUAAGUCCAAAAACAUUAAAAUCAAAAAGAAAAAUUAUUUUAGAUAAAUUUAAUGCUAUUUAUGGUCCUUUAGAAAAAAAGAAUGAAGAAGAUCCUGUUGCUGGAUUUGAUAAUGCUUGGAAUUUUAGAUAAUUUACUAAAAAUUCAUCAAGAACAGAAAUGGCUCGCACUUCUCCACAAAAAUUCAAUAAAAGAAUUGAUAAUAUGAGUGAAGUAACAAAAACUAUUUUGAAAUAUUGGUUGUAUCGUUCUAGACAUAUGAAAACAGCAAUUAAAUAUAUAGGAGGAUUACUUGAAAAAAUAACUAAACCAUUUUGUGAAUAUUGUGGUUUGAAUUGGGGAUUAGGAGUAGAUACUGAAACUAGAAUUGAAGACAUCUAUUUAAGAUUCUUAAAAUAGAAAGGAUUGAAGGGUAUAUCAUUAAAUAUGGGAACUGAAAUCGAUGAUUGGUAGAAUUUCUUCCCAAAAUAAUGUAAAUUUAGAACCACUUGUUUCAUUUGCAAUGGUAUCUUAAGAUUUUUAUUAUUUUAGUAUUUAUGGUAGAAGAGAUGUAGAAAGAUAAAGUAAAAUCAUAAGGUGAAUAGAAAUUAGUAGUAUAGAAGAAAAAGAAUAAGUAUACGUUGAAGAAAGUAGCAAAUCUUAUUCUAAUCAUGAUAAAAUUCAUAGACAUAGCUUAGAAGUUAGCUUUUUAGAAUUAAUGAU